AUGACUGGUCUGGCAUGUCAAUGUUGCCUGACAUGUCCGUGUUGCCCAGGCUGCCAUUGCAUACCCUGCUGCCCUUGCAGUCUUUGCUGCUCAGCAUUUGAUUCACCAAGGCAUUCUGACAGAUAUGAGGAGGAGGAAUGCUGCUUGUGUUGGCGUUACCUGUGUACCGAUGAACGGAACUGUGACUGUUGCUACUGCCCACAUGAUGAAGGUCAGCCUUGCCAGUGCUGUCACUGUACAUGCUCAGAAAACCCCAAUCUUCGCUGCUGCUGCUGCUCCUGCGCUAAUAACCCACACUGCAAGUGCUGUUGCUGUACAGUUGAGAAUACAGAGUGUCAGUGCUACGAAAGCAGGUGUUGCACGUAUGUCCCUCAUCCUUACAGGACCAUAUAUCCCGGAAGAAGGAGAAGCAACACAUCUGUCAUUACGCUGGAGAAGGAUGCAUCAGCACAUGCUUUUAUUGACCAGCUGACUUGUCCCCUGUGUAAAGAGCUGUUUCUCCACCCAUUUAUGUUGCCAUGUAAUCACUGCCUUUGUGAGAAGUGUAUCAAGAUCAGCCAGCAACGUGCUGAGGUCAUUGAAAAUUACUUUAUCAUCACCUGCCCAAUAUGCAGCAAGGCGCACUGCCUCCCAUUUGCUCACAAAAUACAGCUGAGGAUGAAUUACUUAAGAGCCAGACUGGCUAGGAGGUAUAUGCGACGAUAUGGCUUCCUAAAAUGGAGAUUUGACAAAAGCAAAAUACCAAUCUAUUGCCAAGUUUGUAUUGAACGGCGACGAGCUGUCAAAAGAUGUGUGACAUGUCAACUGAAUUACUGUAAAGUUUGCUUGACAGCGUAUCAUCAGGACGUCAGUGCUCAAAACCAUGUCUUUACCAACGUCAGUUAUGAUGUCUGGGAAGAAAAAAACUGUAUUCUCCAUCCUGAUGCAUUGGUCUCCAAAUACUGCCUUGAUGACCAUGAGCUAUUAUGUGAUUAUUGCAAGGAAUCAUGGCACAUUGAUCACGAAGUAGUUGCAUUGCCAUUGGCAUGCUCACAACAAUCUGCUGCAUUAUUCAGUACUAUUGCAAAGUUCAAAAAAGUCCGCUAUGUAAUUGAUAAUGAUCUAAUGGAAAUACUUGUAUUAAAAAGCAAUUUUAAGUCCUACAAAGAAGCAAAAAGGAGGGAGAUCAGGGAUGGUUUCUUCAGGUUAAAGAACAUACUUAAUGAAAGAGAGAAAGAGAUGAUGGAAGCAGUAGAAAACCUUGAGCUUCAAAAACAGAAGAGACUCAUAGAGUAUGUAGAUUACACAACCAAAAGAAUUGCCCAGAUGGACAGCCUCAUGCAAUAUUCUAAGGAAGCUUUGAAGGAAAGCAGUCAAAUAGCAUUCCUGCAGUCUUCAAAUUGCUUGAUAAAUGAAAUAGAAGAUAUACUUGAAAAUAUUUACCAACCAAGCCCACGUCUCAAAGAAGAUCCUAUUAAACAUCUUAAAGUCAACUUCGAAGAACUUGCAGAUACCUUACAAACCCUUUUCCCAUCAAUUAAAAGGAGAAUGGCAGGUGAUCACUCAACCAAACGCCCUUACCCUGGCUCUUCUGACAUAAUGAUUCCAAGGAUUGUUUCCAGCGCACACGUUCAGAAGCCAUUAACAGCAACACGAAGUCAGUCUUUAUCAACACUAACUUCACAGAGUGAAGAAAACCUAAUUGACGUUGAAAGACCAAAAUCAUCACCUCCUCCUAAUGUUAAAGAUCGUGGGUUGUAUGCUUUUUGGGAUGCAUCUUUAGAUAGUUCAAAAAAUGAAAGAAACUACCAAUCCCAGACUUCGUAUUUUGAGCCAGAACCACUUGAAGAAACAACUGAACCCCCUGGCAAUGUUAUUAUUUACCAAACACUUGUAUACCCAACUGCAGCCAAGAUUUACUGGACAUGUCCUACAGAAAAUGUAGACAGCUUUGAGAUUGCUUAUUAUGAAGUGCUUGAAACGGCAGCUGACAAUCUAGUCCGGACCAAGCUGAUAGAAGUAAUAAAAGGGAUUGGACUACAGAAUCUGGAGAUACGUAAUCUGACACCUAAUACAGAAUAUAUCUUUAAAGUUCGGGCUAUUAAUGCUUAUGGACCAGGUCAAUGGAGUGAUGUCUGUAAGGUGAAGACUCAAGACGAACGCACAAAAGCCAAAGCCAGAUGGGGUUUGCUGCGAAAUAUUCAAACUGCUAUCCGCAAAUAA